GGUGGCUCCGCACUUCCUGGUUGAAGAUGGCGGAUGAGAAUGAGACAGCACCGCUGCCGGAGAAAGAAGAAGAAGAUGUAGAGGACCACGGACACUGCAGCGACUGUGAGAAUGAGGAGCACCAGUUCGACGACGGUGACCGGGGUCUGGGUGAUGACACUGGUGCCAAGAAGAAGAAGAAGAAGCAGAAAAAGAAGAAGAAAUCUGGUGCCACAGAAGCAGCUCAGGACCCCCUUGCCAAGGUAAAUUCGCUACCAGCUGAUAAGCUACAGGAGAUCCAGAAGGCCAUUGAACUGUUCUCCGUUGGCCAAGGUCCAGCCAAAACUAUGGAGGAAGCCAGUCGGAGGAGUUACCAGUUCUGGGACACGCAGCCUGUGCCCAAGCUAGGGGAGACGGUGACGACACACGGCUCCAUCGAACCAGACAAAGACCAUAUUCGAGAGGAGCCCUACAGCCUCCCGCAGGGCUUCAGCUGGGACACCCUCGACCUGGGCAACCCUGCUGUGCUGAAGGAGCUUUACACCCUUCUCAAUGAGAACUAUGUGGAAGAUGAUGACAACAUGUUCAGAUUUGACUAUUCUCCCGAGUUCCUGCUUUGGGCCCUGCGGCCUCCUGGCUGGCUGCCCCAGUGGCACUGUGGCGUGAGAGUCAACUCCAACCAGAAACUGGUCGGCUUCAUCAGUGCCAUUCCCGCCACCAUCCACAUCUACGACGUAGAAAAGAAAAUGGUCGAGAUCAAUUUCCUCUGCGUCCACAAGAAGCUUCGCGCCAAACGAGUGGCUCCGGUACUGAUCAGAGAGAUCACCAGACGGGUCAACCUGCAGGGCAUCUUCCAGGCCGUGUACACUGCAGGAGUGGUACUGCCCAAACCUGUGGGCACAUGCAGGUACUGGCAUCGCUCCUUGAACCCACGGAAGCUAAUCGAAGUGAAGUUCUCCCACCUGAGCAGGAAUAUGACUAUGCAGCGCACCAUGAAGUUGUACCGCUUGCCCGAGGCCCCGAAGACUCAGGGUCUGCGGCCGAUGACCAAGAAGGACGUGCCUGUGGUGCAUCGCCUGCUGCGUGAGUACCUGAGCCAGUUCAACCUGGUGCCUGUCAUGAACCAGGAGGAGGUGGCGCACUGGCUGCUGCCCCGGGAGAACAUCAUCGACACCUACCUGGUGGAGAACGACGGCAAAGUGACAGACUUUCUAAGUUUCUACACGCUGCCCUCCACCAUCAUGAAUCACCCCGUGCACCGCAGUCUGAAGGCAGCGUACUCCUUCUACAACGUGCACACCACCACCCCCCUGCUAGACCUGAUGUCUGACGCCCUCAUCCUGGCCAAAUCGAAAGGGUUUGAUGUCUUUAAUGCACUGGAUCUAAUGGAAAACAAGCUUUUCUUGGAAAAGCUGAAGUUUGGCAUCGGAGACGGGAAUCUACAGUAUUACCUGUACAAUUGGAAGUGUCCCAGCAUGGGAUCAGAAAAGGUCGGGCUGGUUCUGCAGUGACGUCCCUUCACGCCAUGAGCCAGUGUCACCGCCGGGCCAGGAGGCGGCGCCAUCGCACCGACCACCUUGAUGGACUGAUGACUUCCGGCUUCAGGAAAGGAAAUCCCACCGCCCAUUUUUACUUUUUGACCUUUUGAACUCUGACCUGCACUACCGCUGCCAGGCGGGGAGGCCCCGGGGGGGGGGCCGUCAGCUCUCCCUCCUCCCUGGAUCACACGGACCUUAAAGCCAUUGUAGUUACCAUCCCAAACAACUGUAUUCCAUCUGAGAAGCUGUCUUUGAUUGUACCAAACACGCACCCACACAGGAACAGUUUGCACAGUUUACCGGAUACCAAACGCUCACCGUUGGCAUUCUUACAGAUCACACAGUACGUGUAAAUAUUGUCAGACGAAGCUGCAGAUCAUGCCCUAACACAUCCAAACUAGAACCUACUGUUUAAUUUUAUUCCUUAAUGUUGGAAGUGCUUUUUAUUUUAUUUUUUUUUUGCAAUUAAAACAAAUCUGUCAUCUUUACGUUUUAGAGAUUAAAGGAAGAAAAAAAAAGAUCAAAAAAUAUUUUAAAGAGGGAAAAAAAGGCUCAAAAAAUGAGGUAAUAAAUACCAAAAGUGGACACAAGAUAAGGGCUUCUGUUCAGAGUUUCUUCUCAUCCCACCGGUUCAUAUUUGUUUUACUGAUUUCGCUCAUCUUCGUCUGUCCGUAACGAUCAUGGAUUUGUCUCAGACUAACAAGCUUCAUUUUUCUGGAGUCGUCCCCAUCUGCAUUAACCUGUAGCUUUACUGCACUAACGACAGCAACCCCGAGACACACACACACACACACACACACACACACGCCGACAGUCGGAGGCACAAAGUCAAUCAGUUUUAGUGAAUUUGGACUGUUACAGAGAGGCUGAAGGCGUCCGGACGAGGUUCACGCUACUCGUUUAUCAGCAGGGAACACCUCCGGGUCUAACUGUUCCCCAGCUGCACUGUCCACCCUUUCCCCCCCCCGCUCCCUGCUGUUCGAAAUCCAAAGUAUUUCAGGGCAUUUCUGAAAGCUCUCGAAGCUCGUUAUGCAAACUUUGCUGAAAGGAAUUACUGAAGAAGUGUUAAAGAGUUGAUAAAUCAAUCAAAACCUGAAGAAGCGCCACACACACAUUGUGAGUCCCAUGUUUGGUUCAUUGUGUGUUUCUGCCUUUUGAUUUCUGAUAACGGCUGUAAUUAUGUCCAGGCCUCUGCCGUUUGUAGAAAAUAGCAUCAUGACAACGGAUGCCUUUGAAGUCUGAGCGUUUUCGGGGUGGAUAUUGGAGUUGGGGAUCGUGCGCGGCAGUCUGAAGGCGUUGUGCGGUGUGGAUGAUGAUCUCUGGGGAAAUGCUCCAGUUAAAGUGUUUCUUAUGAAAAACCAUGGGCUCUAUUUGCAAAUAGUUGUG